UUCUUUCUUCUUCCUUCUUCCUUCUUUCCACGCAUCCCUCUGAUAUUCUCAUCCCUACAGGUAUCGCCACUAUGCCCCUCAAAAGAAGGGGCUCCGCAAAGAAUAAAAAGACGCAAAGGAAGUCUCGUCAGCCAGCAUCAGAAUCUCCUGUCCUCGAGAACGACCCCAUUCCAACUCCGAGUAUCCUUCCAAGUCCAUUCAUUACCCCUCCAGCCGAGCCUGCUCAGACAGUUCAGCCUUUUGAGUUGACUCCUGCCCGAUACCAAGAUCCUCGAGCCGAAUACGAUAAGUAUGCUAUGCGUUCUCACUCCCAGCCAUCAUUGGAGCUCACCCCCACCGAGCCUGGUACUCCACCUUCAGUGGCUUCUUUCGCCCAUCCAGCUCUUUCUUUAACUCACAGCCGACCUCACCAAGACAGUUCAUUGUCGGAGACCGCUCAACUCCCGCUUCAGUUGCGCAACUUCGUCAGCUCCUCAAUGUCACCCAAGGAAAUUGAUCAUGUCGUCAACCUGUUCGAAGCCAGCCCUGUCCCAUUCGACCCCUCUAUCUUAUUCAAUAAGAAUAUGAGCUCGGAAGAGGUAGAGAAUAUGCUGAUGGAGGAAUAUAAGGCUCGGGUCAAGCUGCAUGAAGAAAAGGUGAAAGCAAAUGGGCAAACGACAAUGAAGAACCAACAUGACCCGGCUGUAUUGAGACCAGGAGGCGUUAUACUAGAUGCAUACGGCCAGAACCAUCAUCAUCAUGUCCGUCAUGGGCCGUUACAGUCUUUCUCAGAAGGAAUGUCUGAGCUGGGAGUUGACCUGGGACAACAAAGCCCUUCGGACCGUCUGCAUGCCUUCUAUGGAUCCGGACAAAUGCUCACACCGAGAGGUGCCGAAGGGGAUACAACAUCAAACAAAACCCCCGCCUCUUCAUUUCACCUUGAAUCUGAAGGAGACCUGAGGUCUGAAAACGGUGUGAUAAGCGAAAGAAAGAAAAGGAAGAAUGCUAAGAAGAAGGAAAGGGAGAAAGAGAAGAAGAAGGAAAAGCAAGCUGCUUCUGCGAAGUACCAGGAAGAGCCAAUAGAACAGGAUGAAGAAGAAGGCGUGAUCCAGAUGGCGGUGAAGGAAGAUGUUGGGUGGCCUGCCGUCAAAGGAAUGGCAGAAACGCUUUCGGAGGCUGUGGAAGGUGCCCUAUUCAGCCCCAGCGCCGAAUCAGUCACAACGUACGAAAAACUUACAACUCCCCUAAGCGCUCAUGAAGAAAGGCUUCCAACUCCUCCACCAACCAACGGGGAUGAGACCAAGAGGUGUGAGAAAGAGCUCGUAUCUGAGAAGCAGGUCGAAAAUAAACUCGUCGUAACCAUCACCAACUUUGAAAACCCUGCUGAGGACGACCUAGUCGCGUUUGCUGCCAGUCUUUCAUACGAGUAUUCAACCGGUACACCCACAACUCCUUUGAGCGUUCCCGCUUCGCCUGAUGAGAUUUCAAAGCGAAAGUUCGGAUCUACCGCCGGUAAAAUCAGGACGUUUGCUCCUUUCGAUGACUGGGCUAACGUGGUGAGCGUGAACGAUACUGAUCAAAAGCAAGAGGAUGAGGUUCCAGCCUCUCAAGAAGGUCUGGCAGUGAUAGAGGAAUGCGAAGAGGAGUCGCUAGAGGAGUCUAGGCAAGAAGGUCUUCAGACUAUGCCCGAAGCUCGAGAAUCGCUGUCUGUCACGCAUAUAAAUGAAGCAGAGGAUCCAACAGUUGACAGCCGUGGUUCGCCCAAGGUUGAGCCUACCAGCCCCGAUAGGGAAAGCUCUGAGACUUCGCCGGUGAUAAGGGAGCAGCCGACUACUAUCUAUCGCAUUCCCUCCGAGCUUUCAAACUCUCGUCGUAACUCUGACGCUGUUAUAACUUCACCCACUUCUCAAGAUUUCAAUCAACCUGAGGGAAAUCAUCCUUCCCCCGCAAAGCCAAUUUUCUUAGUAGAGAGACGAGAUCAACCAGUCAGGGUGGAAUCAAAGGAUGAUAAUACACCUAGACCUGUAGUUUUGGAAAGAACGAUGUCUACUCCCGUGCCAAUUGAAGUUCCUCCUUCGUAUAACGAUUGUCAACAAGAUCGAUUAACUUUGACUUCUCUGCGGCGCAACAACUCUUGGGGCACAGGCCAUCCUCGGCAGUCGUAUUCGGCCCAGUCUUCUCCUGAAAAGCAAAAAUCGCGACCUUUGCCUGGUUACCAGCACAUGGUCGAGAUCACUUUCAGUUCGGGUAGGCCUCACUCCAACUUUGCGUCUCAAUCUUCUUCGAUGAAUACCGGCCUCAAUUUCUCAAGGCCACUUUCUCUUCCAACAUCUCCCGAGAAAGCAAGGAUAGGCCCCCUACCCCAGUCAUUCCCCCUUGACCGUUCCUGGACCAUGUAUUACUCCGACACAUCCGAGAAAGGACAACAUAAACAUCGUUUGCACCUCCAGAGCGCCCACGAAUACAACUCUGGCCUUGUCACCGUCUUCAACGCAACUGACCUUGAGGAGUUCUUUGGAGGGUGGAAGGCGUUGCGGCGGGCCAUUGCGGAAACAAAGGGAAGAGAGAUUGAGCCGAGGGGUAUGUCAAUGCAAGGAGGAGCAGGGUUGGGUGCCGACUUGAUGAAUGACGAUACAAAUCUACACUUGUUCGCUGAUGAUAUCAAGCCAAUGUGGGAAGACAAAAUGUGUGGAAAAGGAGGGAAGUUCAUGAUGGCGGGAGAUGCUGCCUUGAUGGACAACGUCUUUCUCGAUAUCUGUCUGCUCCUUAUAGGCGGGUCCCUCUCUGAUGCCGUUCCAUCCCCAUCUGGAGCAAGGGCCAAAUCGAUCAUUUGUGGCGUCGCUAUCUCUCGUCGAAAGAUGACCAGACUUGAGAUCUGGCUGGGAGGCGAGGAUGGCCCCGACCCGAUGUGGGUAGACAGCGUAUAUACCCAUUUCUCAAGAUGCUUCCCGCAAAUCAGGCUAUUCCCUUACAAACCCUUCGGGAGACCUUGAAAGAAGAUUGGAAAGGGAAAUGUAUGUAUAGCAGUAGUGUCACUUUCGGUAUCCUAUCAUUAGCAUAGUCAUUAUGUAUCGUGAACUUCGAG